AUGGUAUUAAAGCUAGGCGGAAGAGCAGAUAAAUACGAGUACAGAGCACUAACUCUUUCCAACAAGAUUCGGGUUCUCCUGUCGCACGACCCCAAGGCAGACAAAGCCGCAGUGUCCAUGUCUGUGAAGGUGGGGAGCUAUUCAGACCCUAAAGAGCAUCCUGGGAUGGCACACUUCCUGGAGCACAUGCUCUUUAUGGGCACAGAAGAGUACCCAGACGAGAACGCAUACAUGGAGUACAUCCACAUCAAUAACGGAAACUCGAAUGCAAAUACAUCGAGCGAAGUAACCAACUAUUUUUACGACAUUGAUCCAGCACACUUGAAAAAAAGCAUGCAGAUGUUCAGCGGAUUCUUCAAAUCUCCUCUGAUCCGAGAGGAUGCAAUUUCCAGAGAGAUACAGGCGGUGAACAGCGAGCACAGUGCGUAUAUCCUAUCGGAAGAGUGGAGAAGAUUCCACCUCCUUUCUCUCCUAUCGAAGCCAGGGCUACCCACUGGCAAGUUUUCAGUUGGGUCUGUGGAGACAUUGGCGUCAGCUACAAGAGAAGAUUUGCACGAAUUUUGGAAAUGUUUCUACACGCCUGAUAGAAUGUGUCUUGCAGUGCACGGAAGCGAGCCACUGGAUGUCCUGCAGGGCUGGGUGGAGGAGUGCUUCAAAGAGGUUAAAUCUCAGAACGGAGCAUACAAGUGGUCUGACACGAUGUACCUACCACCAAUAGUUGGGCCUACAUCCAUAGAAUACUACACUUUUGACAGUGCUGUAAGCAAUCAGGUGGUGCUGUAUCGGCCCGCAGUUAACUUAAAUACUGAUCACUGCAGCCUAACUGUGAGCAUUACCCUUCCCGAGAAUAUAACGAAGUACAGAAAAAAGUCUUGUGCAUACUUUGAAGAGCUUCUCAACGGAACAGGAAGCUCAGGCUUUGUGGGGACCCUUCUUAAAGAGGGAAUCAUCACAGAUAUGUGUGUGUACGUUGAUAAUAGCUCCAUACAGUCGGUGCUAUACAUUGUAAUUGAGCUAGCAGAAGACAACAGAUCGCAGAUACCUGUUUUACUUGACUUUUUGCACCACUACAUUGAAAUGAUUAAGACAAAUGCAACAGAAGAGCUGUACGAAGUGUUUAGGGUGAUCGAUGAGAAAGUAUUUGAGACAAACGAGUCUGCAGAGCCGCUAGAGCUGGUUGAAACAGCUGCGUAUGCCAUGCAGUUCUAUCCCACAGAGGAGUUCCUGAAAUACGACUACAUAUGGGACGGAUUUGAUGAAGAAGAGUUCCACAAGCUGCUGGAUGUGGCCUUGGACAAGAGCAAAUGGGUUGUGCUGUACAGAGCAAAGAACAUCCACAACAGAGAAAAAAUAGUAGUGGAUGAAAUAUACGGAAUCAACUACCUCAUCGAAGAAAUGCCCGAAAUAGAUGAACCGCUUUUGGCCGAUCUGAAGAGCAAGCUGGAGUGGUGCUUUGCAAUUCCUAAGAGAAAGAGCGUCUCUGAGUGCAGAGAGUCAGAUGGAACUUUGGAGCUAGGGACCAUCCCAAACAGCAUACCCGAUCAUCCAGAAGAAAACUCACCGCUGGAGUACAAGGAGGUAAUGAGGCCUGGGUGCAUUGGAUAUCUGGUGCAAAACGCUAAGUACAGAACAAAUGCACAGGUGAAAAUACUGCUGGAGACAGACUUGCACUUAGCAUCGGAGAAAGUGUAUGCAGCAGCUAUUGGCUACUUCAAAGCUUUCGUAAAAAUAUUCAACGAAAAGUACAAGACUAACCUCACAUCUUCGAUUGUCACGCUGAGCACAGGAGAGUCUGUCUACGGUCUUUUGAUCAAAUUCAACGGAACACCGAUUCUUAUCGAAGACGCAAUUGAGAAGUUUUUUGCAGAGUACACGGCAAGAAACACACAGCUGUUCAAUCUUUCCAAAGAAUCAGCGCUUUCGCACUUCUUGCAGGAUGCACGCAAGUCUCCCUACAAGAGCAGUGUGAGCGGCAUAAGCCAUCUCGCAGGGUAUCCCAUCUUUGACAUCCACAGCCUGAUGAAAGCAGCAAAAGUUCUUUCGCCCGAAGACCUAGUGGUCAUCAGCAAAGCACAGGUGAAAAUUCUCGGUGUUGGGAACAUAACGGAAAAAGAGUUUUCUCGGGUUAUUGACCGGAUAAACAAGUACGUCACUUUUACAACACAUGAGCCUGUUUUUUCUGAAAAACUAAGCAGCUUGGAAAUGCCCACAGUGGACUUGCAGAACAUUGCAGUUACAAUUGUGCACAAGGUUGUAGCAGACAGUUUGAUCAGCUCGUUUUCUCUUGCAGUGCUUCUUGUCCAAAUAUUCUCUGAAAAGUUCUUUGAUGAGCUGAGAACAAAAGAAGAGUACGGAUACAUUGUGUUCAUGUCGUACAAGGUUUUAUUCCAGAAAGUGUAUGUCCAUUUCACAGUUCAGAGCACCAGAGACAUCGAAAACGUAGCAAAUCGCAUCACCACGUUCGUCAAGGAGAUUCAGAACAGACUGUCUAAGAUGGCACCUGAAGAGUACUUGGCGCACAAGAGCAGCGCCAUUGCAGCGAUCAAAGAAGAAGCUUUGAACCUGGAAGAUUACACCACGGAAGUUUUUAACUACUGGCUUGACAUUGGAUUCCACAUAGACAAUAAAGAGCUGAUUUGCCAAGAGAUUGAAAAAAUAUCGCAAGAGAGUUUGACCGCGUAUACGAGCAAUCUAGAGAACAUAGUAAAAAUACAAGCAUCAAAGCCAAUGGCUGCUUAG